CCGCGGGCCGGAUGCGGCCCUUUGGUUGACUCUGACCGGCCCGCGUAAGGUUCAUAAGAAAUUACAAAAUAAACUUUUUUUUUUUUUUUUUCGUAUUUUCUUAUUACCUCAUACGUGGAUUAAAUGUGCAUGGCUUUUAUUUUAUUUUACGUAGUGCAUAGGGACGUAAGGUACGUACGUGAUGCGUGUUACCACAGAGCUGAAAAAACUGCUAAAAAAACUUUUCGGCUCUGUGCGUGUUACUGAAUGGACGUUAGCUGUCUCGACGACUUUCACCCCCAAAAUGUCAACUAAAAAAAGAAAGGUAGACGCUGAAUAUUUGGUCGUUAAGCUACAAAAACAGCAAGGAUUUUUUACAAAGCUUCACACAUCCAGGGAUGCAGCAACCAGGACCAGCUUUGUAAUUUCCCACAAAAUCGCUAAAAACAGUAAGCCAUUCUCAGAGGGCGAGUUCGUAAAAGAGUGCUUGGUGGACUCUGCAGCCCUACUAUGUCCUGAAAAAAAAGAAGCUUUUGAGCACGUCCCACUGUCCAGGCGCACCGUGACAAGAAGGAUCGAGGACAUUGCGGUAAAUUUGGAACUUCAGCUGCAACGUGAUGUGGCAAAUUUUGACUUUUUCUCUUUGGCUUUGGACGAGAGCUGUGAUGUCCGUGACACAGCCCAGCUACUUGUAUUUGUCCGUGGGAUAACGGACUUCAAGAUUACAGAGGAGCUGGCAGCAAUGCGCUCAAUGAAAGGGACAACGACGGGGAGCGAUUUGUUCACGGAGGUAAAUGCAUGCAUGGACACGCUGGGACUGAAAUGGGACAGACUGACGGGUGUUACAACGGACGGUUGUCCAAAUUUAACAGGGAAAAAUGUCGGGCUGUUGAAACGUUUGCAAGAUAAAGUGACUGAAAACAACGCAGAUCAGAAAGUAGUAUUUUUGCAUUGUAUUUUACAUCAGCAUGUGUUGUGCAAGUCAGUGCUUAAAAUUGACAAUGUGAUUGAUGUUGUAACUAAAAUAGUUAACUUUAUUAGGGCACGAGCAUUGAAUCACAGGCAGUUUGUUGCACUUUUAGAGGAGCACGAGACAGAACAUGUUGAUAUCAGCUAUCACACAGCUGUGAGAUGGCUCAGUCUGGGUAAAGUGCUAAAAAGAGUCUGGGAUCUGAAAGCAGAAAUCCGAGAGUUUUGUGAAAAGAAAGGCAGAGACAUCCCAGAGCUCUCAGAUGAGAAGUGGAUGGCAGAUUUUGCAUUUGCUGUUGAUGUGACCGCACUGAUGACUGCACUGAACACCAAACUGCAAGGCAAGGGCCUUUUCAUCCAUGAAAUGCACAACCUAGUGAAGGCCUUCAUGACGAAGUUACAGUUUCUUUCGAGGCAACUGGAGAGCAACAAUCUUACUCACAUGCAAACCCUGAAAGAAGUCACACCAUCAGAUGAUAACCUCCGCAGGUACUCAUCCAUGUUAGGAGCACUGCAUGAUGAGUUUUCAAGGCGAUUUAAAGAUUUCAGAACAAUGGAGAGUGAAAUGCACUUGAUUUCCUCUCCAUUUACCUGCAAUGUGGAUGAUGUGCCUAGUGAUGUCCAGCUGGAACUCAUUGACCUGCAGUCUGAUGCAGUACUCACAGAGCACUUUAAGUCACAACCACUGCUGCAAUUCUACUCUUCUCUUAAGCAAGAGAAGUUUCCAAACAUGAGGAGACAUGCUCAGAAGAUGUUUGUUCUCUUUGGAUCUACCUACAUAUGUGAACAAACAUUCUCAGUGAUGAAGUUUAAUAAGUCCAGAUACAGAUCCUUUCUCACUGAUGAUCAUCUGUCAGCUGUGCUUCGCAUCUCAACCUCAAACAUUCACCCUGACUUUGAUGCACUUGUUAAAGACCAACAGAGACUAGAUUUCUCUCACUGAACAAGAAAAAACUGAAAAACGCAGAAUGAGUGACAAGUGAAAAUGUUUUAACUACAAAUGUAGGCAUCAUUAUUUUUCUAAUAUGAUGUAUCUUACUGAAUUUGGCUGAAAAUGGUCACUAAUGUAAUGAAUCAAAAACUGUUCAAAUGUUCACAUUUUGUUAACCAUUAUUUUAGGAAAUUUUAUUGAGUAAAUGUCAUUUUUCCUAAGACAACCUCUCUUUUUCAUUGCUCAAUUUUAACUUAUACUCUUACCAGUCUUACCAACUAAUCAAAACAAUUAAUAUUAUGCAGACUUUUGUCCAGCCUUUUGGUCCGGCCCUCCAUAAUAUUUUCUUGUUCUCAUGUG